AGUCACAGACAAAGUUCCUUCCCCUCAGCUAUUGCACAUGGAUCUGGUUAGGAUGCCUCUGGUAAUACAUGUAGUUUCAGAUAGGACAUACACACCCUUGUACACGCACAGACUCACAAGACAGAAACACUCGUGCCCCGCUGUCACACUCUGUGUGUGGACUUGCUUGGAGCAGAUGGUCUAAAAUGAGCUCCUCAGGCUGGAUACUGGCUGUGUGUCUUGUGGUUCUUGAAGGAGGCAGACAUGCUGUGUGGGCUGAGGAAGGGUCAGGCAGUGAGAGGAACUGUUCUGCAAUUCCUCCGUAUUUGCCACCAACAGCUGUGAACACGACUCUGAGGCUUCGUGAUCUGAGAGCAUCCAUGAUCCCCUUGAACAUCUCAGCCUACAUCAUCCCAGCCACAGAUGCUCAUCUGAGUGAGUACAUUGCCCCCAGAGAUGCGAGGUUGGCCUGGAUAUCUGGCUUCACUGGCUCUGCAGGAACAGCAGUAAUUACUGAAAACAAGGCUGUUUUGUGGACCGAUAGCCGCUACUGGAUUCAGGCAGAGAGACAAAUUGACUGUAACUGGGAGCUAGAGCGAGAUGCCUCCGUUCGCAGCAUUACCAACUGGCUAAUCCUAGAGAUCCCUGAGGGAGGUCAGGUGGGCUUUGACCCAUUCCUCUUCUCUGUAGACACAUUUGACGUCUACAACACCAACCUGGCUCCAGCCCGGAUCCUGAAGUCUAUUCCUGAUAACCUGGUGGAUAAAAUAUGGACAGGUCGACCUCCUCUGCCUCCUGACAACCCCAUACGCUUACCUGACAAUGUCAUCGAGAGGACCUGGCCAAUGAAAGUAGAGCAGAUACGAGCCCAGAUAAGUGACAAUCCAUACAAGCCCACCGCUGUGCUGCUUUCAGCUCUGGACGAAACUGCAUGGCUGUUUAAUCUACGAGGCAACGACAUCCCUUUUAAUCCAUUCUUCUAUUCUUACACUCUGCUGUCAAUGGAUGAGAUAUGGCUCUUUGUGCACAUUGAACGAAUAACAGAAGAGUUGAAGGUGUACCUGAACUCUUCAUGCUACCAUUCCUAUUGUGUGCAGCUGCUUGAGUACAGCUCUGUGCGCUCAUACCUGCAGUCCUAUCUACAGAAACUCAACGUUAGGGUGUGGGUGGGUACAGAGUACACCAACCAAGCCCUGUAUGAGCUCAUCACUCCUGAGGACAAACUUCUGACCACCACCUACUCUCCAGUACUGACCACAAAAGCAGUGAAAGAUGCAACUGAGCAGCGUAUUCUCAAAGAGGCUCAUAUUAGAGAUGCAGUCGCAGUCAUGCAGCUUCUGGUGUGGCUUGAGAAAAAAGUUCCAGAAGGCACAGAGACCGAGCUUACAGCAGCACAUUUUGUCGAUCAGUGUCGCAGCAAACAGAAGAACAGCAGAGGGCCGAGUUUUGAGACUAUUUCUGCAAGUGGAGCUAAUGCUGCUCUUGCUCACUACAGUCCAUCUAAUGAAACUGCAAGGAAGCUGUCAGUGGAUGAGAUGUAUCUUGUUGACUCUGGAGGACAGUACCUUGACGGCACUACUGAUAUAACGCGUACUGUACACUGGGGUAAACCCACUGACUUUCAGAAGGAGGCCUACACAAGAGUGCUCAUGGGAAAUAUUGAGAUUUCAAGAAGCGUCUUUCCUGCUGGAACUAGAGGUGUGAACAUGGAGAUGCUGGGACGAAGAGCACUGUGGGAAGUGGGUUUAAAUUAUGGUCAUGGCACAGGUCAUGGUUUGGGGAACUACUUUGGAGUCCAUGAAUGGCCUGUGGGUUUUCAGUCCAAUAAUAUUCCAUUUCAAGAGGGGAUGUUCACAUCAAUUGAACCUGGUUAUUACAAGGAGAAUGACUUUGGUAUAAGGAUAGAGGACAUUGCUGUCACUGUUCCAGCUACUACAGAGCUUGGCAACAAUUACUUGACAUUUGAAACCGUCUCACUGGUGCCUUAUGACAGAAAACUAAUAAACACUUCUCUUCUAAGUCCUGAGCAGGUGCACUGGCUCAACAAAUACUAUGAGAGCAUCCGGAGCGUGGUGGGUCCCGAGCUGGAGAGGCAGGCGCUGAAGGAGGAGUAUGACUGGAUGAUGAAGCAUACGGCACCCUUCCUUAGUGCUGGAGCUUCAGCUGUCAUCUCAUCAGUCACACUCUUAGUAACAAUGCUGCCCUCUGUUUUACUGCAUAAUCUGCUGUAAAACAAGCACUGAAGAGCAUAACCCACUUCACAGCGUUCAGUACUGCUUCUGCUCUUAUUGUGGGCCGAGUUGACAAACUCAUUUUCAGGUACAAACAGAAAAGCUCCAAUGUUGAGUACUUAAAUUAAGUUGUCUAUUAUAUACAGUGUUCUUUCUUUCUCUUCUAUUUCUUCUCUUUUUCUGGAUAUUAUUCUUUUUUCAAGCCAUUUUCAGUGGAUUUGCCACCUCAUUAGGAUUUGUCCUAUGUUUGAACUUGUGUUAGUAUUUUAUAAUGUAUUUUAUGACAAAAGUUUGUACGUUUAAUUAAGUCAGACAAUAUUUAGAUUUCAAAAUGAUACAUUGCAUGUGUUUGUAUGAAUAUAUUAUUUUAAGACAAUCAUUGUUCAUUUAUAGUUUAUUAAAGUAAGAUUACUACAGUAUCUCCA